GCUGCCCAGCACUAUCAAAUGUGCAAUUAAGUAUUUCCAAUUCCCAUUCCAGUAAGAAAAAAUAUAAUUAUUACGCUGCGGGGGUGAAAGUGGACUGUAAUUUAAUCAAAAACGCGACCAAGGUGCCCUCUUGAGUGCGAGGUUUUAGGAGUUCGCCCCCGUAUAACCAACUUCGAUCUCCGCAGCGCUGAUCAGGCUCAGGAAGCUCAACCGAAACCAUGUCCGACGACUUUGAUGGCUGCGAGUGCGUCUGGUCGCAGGAGUACGCGAUGCAGCGGCUUAUCAACUUUAUUCGCCAGAACCAGAACGCCUGUACAGACACCGAGUGCUUCGAUGUCAGCGGACGCACUGCGCGGCAGGCGCCUGUCGCAGGACGCGGCGACGACAGCGGCUUCACCGUCGCCAUGAUCUUCUUGAUCGUGGCCAUGUUCAUGUACAUACUGAAUCCGAGUACCUGGGGCAACCUGACCAGCAACAAGCCGGCCGGCGUGCGACGCGACAACCAGGACGGGCCGCCGCCACCGCAGCCUCCUCCGCCGGCCAUCAACUAGGUGUCGCCGAGGAUUCCUGUCCAGCCUCUGCCAAGCCGGAGCUUCUACAACACAAUUCGCAAUUUGCAUUUCCUUGUUUUGUUAUUUCUCCCGCGAUCGAGAAAGUAAUUUGUUCACUUCAACCUAGAAGACAUCCUUUCGCACGUUUACACAAAUUAGACGAAAUAUACACCCCUAGCAUUGUACAAAACACGAGACGGCACACUCUUAACACACAGGCUUAUUAACAAACAUAUUUGGAAAUUUUUGAAAAACACUUUGGAAAACUACAA